GUCCUUGCGCUUGCAAGGCAGGUGGAGGAACCGCUGAGCUAAAUCCCCGGCCCUCUCAGUGUGACUUUUGAUAUGAAGAUUUACUUCAGGCGGGAAUGGCAUUCAUGUGACGUGGCGGGGAGUCUGGGACGGAGGAAGGAGCCGGCCAUUUAUGGCCUGUUGAAACUGGAACGCAGAGGCUGGACUGGAACUUGGCCUGACUGAGCUCAGUGGGCUCUUUGCUGCCUCCGAGCAGCCAUGGGCUGACACUGACCCCUCUGCCUCUCAGAAGCAGCAGGAAAAGUAAGGGCCUCCUGGGAUGAUGAAGAUGUGCCCACUGGACUCAGAGCUCCUGAAGCUCACUGACCUUGGAAUAAGUCAUUGACAGAACCUGACUCUUAUCUUUGGAGGACUUUGUGAGCUGUAGGACAGGGAGUCACAGACUCUCAGAUGACGGCCUUCCAAGGAUUUCCUCUGAACUCCAUUGCAGUGUUAUCAAUGGUAGAUGUGUCAGGAACUGUUUGAAUUCUUUAUAUGUCUUAACUCCCUUGAUCCUCAGAAGACCCUUUGAGGUAGGUGCCACUAUUUUCUAUUUUACAGAUAAGAAACUGAGAUGUAGCAAGGUUAAAAAAUUUGUGCAUAGUCAUGGAGCUAUAGAGUUGUGAGAUUCUGAAACUCAUGUUCCUAAUUUCUGUGCUGUCUCUACAAGAGGAAACAGAAGGCCAGAGAGCGGGGAGAUUCCCCCCUUUGCCAUCACUUAGCCAGGUGGCGGGAGUGGAGGAGGCCCUGACCUCUUACCCCUACACUCAGGGCUCCCCACUCAAGGAAGCGCAGCCUGACAGCUUCUGUCUCCACCCAUCUUUCCUGCCUGGCCUCCCCAAAGUCAACAGCCCCCUGGCCUCACCCUUGGCUGGCAGCUCCAAUCCAAAGAGGCCUCACCUACAUUCCCUGGCCACUCUCCAGCCCAAAAGAGCUGAGACAACAAAGUUCAGUGACCUGGACGGCUGAGCAGAGGCUGCUGAAGGGGAGGAAGCAGAUUGGAGCCAUGGAACAGUGGUGAAGGACCAUCCAGCUCCCAGAUGCUACGCUUCCUGGAGAGCACGACCCUGGUGGGUUGGAUCACAGGCACUGUGGUGGCUGUCCUGCUGUUGCUGCUGCUACUGGCUACUUGCCUUUCCCACAGACCUCAGGAUGAUGAUGUAGAGAGGAACCAUCUGGCUGCAGGAGAAAACCGAGUCCAGCGACCCCGGCCCUUGCUCUUCCAUCACCAUCAUCCUGGUCAUGCAUCUCAGGUGCUCAAUGCAGGUCUCCAUCAUCACCAGCUCCACCUUCAGCGGCACCAGCGCAGCCACCAGCGCUUCCUCCAGCAGCACCACCAGGCCUUCCAGCUCCACCUUCAGCAGCACCACCAGGCCCUCCACCGCUACCACCAGCACCAUCACCUCCAGCACCACCACCAGCACCAUCAUCUCCAGCACCAUCACUUUCACCAUGCUCAUGGAGGCCUCCACUGACGCCUCCCUGCUUCCCAUCCAUCACCAAGAUGAAUGGACCCUGAUGUUUCCAUGUCGAGGAUGUGUCUCUGGGGUGAAUGAAGGGUGCUGUGACUUGGUUCCUGCUUGGACUUUAUUUGCAUAUUAUAUCCCUCCACGGUGCACCAGAGAACUGAGGACCGUGUGGGCUGGCCCUGUGGACACUGUAGAGCUUGACAGCAGACAGCAGGCUUGGCAGGACACCCGACUUUGUGACUUUAACUGCUGGUGGCUCCAGAAGUAACAAGAGUGUUAGGGGGGCCAGUGCCCAUCAACUGCAAAGUGCUCAUCUGAUUUUCAUUAGGUGUCUGCAGGCCACUGGCAAGUGGGUAGCUGGGAGAGGCCCUAAGAAUGUCUUUCCUGUGUGGAGCAGGCAAUGUGGGGCUGUACAGUCAAUUCUGUGAUGCCUCAAUAAGGGAAAUAAAAGCUACCAAGAAGUGUUUAUGAAGAGGCUUUUCAUUGCGGCCUGGUGGGAGGCAGGGAGUCAUAGAGGCUGAAUCUGCAUUGCCCUGGGGCCUCCCUCUUGGAGGAAGCCUGGACCUCAGGGACAGCUGGAGAGUGAGAGAAGUGUGUGGGUCUUGCCUGAGUGGAAUGGAAGGGUUUAAUGUUUGGACA